GGAGGUGGUGCCGGAGCGGGGAUGCUGCAGCCCUCCCCCGGUACCCGCGGGGUCCUGCCGGGGUAACGGCCCCGCCGUGCCCAGCCCCGCCGUCUGCGGGGGCGGCGGGAGCGGAGGGAUGGAGCCGGGAGCCCCCUGCCAGGCUCCGCUGCUCCCCGCCAACGAGUCCUACCCCGGCCGAAACUGCAGCGCCGAGGAAGGGACCUACCAGGACGCCACCCCCCUCUCCGGGAAGAUCGUGCUCGCCGUCGUCCUGGCGCUCGUCACCUUGGCCACGGUGCUCUCCAACGCCUUUGUCAUCGCCACGGUUUACCAGACGAGGAAACUCCACACGCCGGCCAACUAUCUCAUCGCUUCGUUGGCCGUCACCGACCUCCUCGUCUCCAUCCUCGUCAUGCCCAUCAGCACCGUGUACACUGUGACCGGCAAGUGGACGCUGGGCCAGAUCGUCUGCGACAUCUGGCUCUCCUCGGACAUCACUUGUUGCACGGCCUCCAUCCUCCACCUCUGUGUCAUCGCCCUGGACCGCUACUGGGCCAUCACCGACGCCGUCGAGUACUCCACCAAACGGACUCCCAAACGGGCAGCGGGCAUGAUCGCCUUGGUGUGGGUCUUCUCCAUCUGUAUCUCCAUGCCCCCUUUGUUUUGGCGGCAGGCGAAAGCCGAGGAAGUCUCUCACUGUGUGGUCAACACGGACCACGUCCUCUACACCGUGUACUCCACGGUGGGAGCCUUCUACUUCCCCACCCUGCUGCUGAUAGCCCUCUACGGGAGGAUCUACGUGGAAGCCAGGUCGAGGAUUUUGAAGCAGACGCCAAAGAAAGCGGGUAAAAGACUCACGCGGGCUCAAUUAAUCACGGACUCCCCGGGGUCUUCCUCCUCCGUCACCUCCAUCAACUCCAAGGCCCCCGAGGGAUCCAGCGAGACGGGCUCCCCCGUGUACAUGAACCAGGUGAAGGUGAAGGUCUCGGAUGCCCUGCUGGAGAAGAAGAAGCUCACGGCCGCUAGAGAGCGGAAAGCCACCAAGACUUUAGGGAUUAUUUUAGGAGCCUUCAUCGUCUGUUGGCUGCCCUUUUUCAUCAUCAGCCUGGUGUUGCCGAUUUGCAAGGAAGCUUGCUGGUUCCACAUGGCCAUCUUUGACUUUUUCACGUGGCUCGGAUAUCUCAACUCCCUCAUCAACCCCAUCAUCUAUACCAUGUCCAACGAGGACUUCAAGCAAGCUUUCCACAAACUCAUACGUUUCCGAUGCACAAGCUGAACAAUGUUGAAUGCCAUGUGUUCGCCGGGGCUGCCCCCUUGCACGCCCGUGCCCGACGCCACAGAAUCAAGUUGCUAUUGUAAAGACCCACUGCUUGAAACUUCCCCAAGCCCAGUUGCCAGACUCAUGAUGCUGCAAAAAAAAAAAAACCCAACCGUCAAUACAUACUGCCACCAAACUGCUCAGCUCUGCAUUUCAGUGUAAUGACUCUGGCAGAGAUGCUGUUCCAAUAGUCACGCAGAUCAGUUGCAAAAAAAAAUAAAUAAAAAAGAAAAAAAAAGAAAAAGAAAGAGGGCAACCUCGAAUCAAGGUCUAUAAUUCUUCUGGACUGAAGAAAAAAAAAAAGUUUGAGAGUAAACUCCAUUUAUUUUGCAGGCUUAACUUCUUAAUUUGUUCUCCGGCCGGUUGUAGGGGUGUGCACAAGAGCACAGUUGUCUCUCUGUCUGUGUUGGUAGCGUAGUUGUACUUCUGCACGCCUGUAAUUUCUUUCUUUCAGUGGAAAGAGUUGCUCCCUUCACUUUUGAGGCCAAGAGGAGAAAAAAAAAAAGUAAUUUAAAAAAAAAAAAAAAGCAUCAUUUUAAAGCAGGAGCAUGGCAGUAAAUUCUGCAAAUGACUCCUUCGGCUGAACACGUGUGAGAAGUGACAGUGUGCAAAAGUUGUGUCAGUAUUUCAAAACAGUAGCAAACGCUGUAGAAAUGGGAGUUGUAGACCUGUUCAACUGCACUGCAUAUCUAUAGUCUGUCCUCAUCGUUGCCUUUACGAAGGAAAUACUUCUUGCUUCUACUCCGUGACUCCAGAGCAGGAAACAAGAAGUGCAAUGACCUUUUUCCAUAAACCAGCUGGGAAUAGAAGUAGCAGUUUGAUGUUGUAACCAUGUUUUUUCCAUGUUGUGUCGGUUGCACACCCUUACCGCAUGUACCACUGCGAAAUUUAGAAUCCUCCAAGUAAUUACAUUAUUUAGUGUAUUUUGUAAAGAAGUGAAGCAGUUUGCUCUUUCAGAAGAGAUGUAUCACCUGCAAAAUAAAUACCCAUGAAUCAUAAUUAACUGAUGUUAGUGAAAUUACUCUCCUCCCUACUUCCCCCCCUAUUUUUUUAAAUUUAUUUUAUUUUUUUCUGAUGAGACCUUAAGAUGGGUCUACACGUAUUCAGCAGUCAAAGUUAUCGAGUUUCAGGAUAUGGUCCACCUGCUGUGAUAGAACUGCAUUGAUUGUUCCUCCUAUGUGUAAAUGAAAAUGAGCAUAAACAAUAAAACGCUUUACUGUGUUCUCAA